AUGAAAUCGGGCUUCAAAACGGGCUUCGGGUCGACCGCGGCGUUGGGACGGUCGGUCGGGACGAUCGGCCGGACAGUCGGGUCGUGGGCGAGUUGGAACUGUCGUGGCCGGAUGGAUUCACGGUCGGCCGGCGUGGUCGGGCGGAUAGAGAUUUGGCCUAUGGUUUCUCGGCCGGACGCGGGACGUUCUUUCCCGGCUCGGACAGAUGCAUCGGCCGUGGACUGGCUAUUGAGUACACUUUGA